AUGUCUAAUGCAGAAAAGGAGAGAGAGACUAAUGUUUACUUGGCCAAACUCGCUGAACAAGCUGAACGUUACGAAGAAAUGGUGGAGAGUAUGAAACAAGUGGCGAAACUUGAUUGCGAGCUGACAGUGGAAGAAAGGAACCUUCUUUCGGUUGGAUACAAGAAUGUGAUUGGUGCACGAAGGGCUUCUUGGCGGAUCAUGUCUUCGAUUGAACAAAAGGAGGAAUCCAAAGGAAAUGAAGAUAAUGUUAAGCUGAUCAAAGGGUAUCGCCAAAAGGUAGAGGAAGAGCUGUCCAAGAUUUGCACUGACAUUUUGAGCAUCAUUGACAAGCAUCUCAUUCCUUCUUCUGCCACUGGUGAAGCCACUGUUUUUUACUACAAGAUGAAAGGUGAUUACUACCGGUACAUUGCUGAGUUCAAGACAGAUCAGGAGAGGAAAGAGGCUGCUGAGCAGUCAUUGAAGGGUUAUGAGGCUGCUACUGCCACCGCAAACACAGAUCUUCCUUCAACCCACCCGAUUCGUCUUGGCCUGGCCCUUAAUUUCUCUGUCUUUUAUUAUGAGAUAAUGAAUUCUCCCGAGAGGGCCUGUCAUCUGGCUAAGCAAGCCUUUGAUGAGGCAAUCUCGGAGUUGGACACUUUGAGUGAGGAGUCAUACAAGGAUAGCACCCUGAUUAUGCAGCUUCUGAGAGACAACCUCACCCUUUGGACUUCUGAUUUGCCUGAAGAUGGAGGUGAAGAUAGCGUAAAAGGUGAAGAUGCUAAACCUACUGCCGAAGCUGAGGUAAAAGGCGAGGUAAGGGCUUGCCAUGGUUUCUUCUUUAGGAAUUUAUUUUCGUAAUUACCCUUUUUCCUUGCAUCAAAAAGUUUAAUUCGUUUUUGCAGAAUCAUUGAUGAGGAACCAGGGAGCCUGUAUGGGGCAAUUCAAUGUUUUUAAUACUCUACAGAAUUGGCUUCUUAUAGCUCUUCUCACAAGAGGAUUGGAUCAACCAGUUUGGCCCUUUUACAAUGCUAAACCGAUCGUUUUCAGAACAACCAAAACCAGAUGACGAAAUUGAUCAGUUGAUCCAACCAUAUUUUCCGUUUUUUGUUGCGUUUGCUUUUAUUCAAUGUUCUCUACUCUGAAAAUAUUUAUUGAAACUAUGAAUGUUUUGUUAAAUUUUGCUUUAUAUUGCAUCCUAUCCCUUUG